UAUAAAACGAUUCAAAAUGAUUAAUAUUUCUGUGUCAGAAUUCAUGAUAGUGUGCAGCAGCAUUCUUCUCGUCUUUUUACUGCUGACCGAAAUUCUGGAUUGGACACAAUUAUUCCCGUGGCUGGAAACCGAGUGCCAUUUCCCUAAAUUCUCGUUUGGCUACUCGGAGCACAAUGGUCCUCACGUGUGGAAAGUGUUGUAUCCGGCCAGUAAUGGCAGCAAUCAGUCGCCAAUCAACAUUACGACUCGGCUGGCUGUUGUCGUGCAACCAUCGGAGCCUCUUCGAUGGACUGGCUACAAUAAAGGACCAUUAUCGAUGACUAUAGCGAAUAACGGAAAUAACGUGAUAGUGAACACAAUGUGGAGAAGCUCGUCUCGGCCGCAUAUUCAAGGAGGAACCUUGACUAACAUUUACGAUUUUUGUUCGAUGGUAUUUCACUGGGGACAGUCGAACGGAGAAGGCAGCGAGCACACUUUAGAUUACGUUCGUUUUCCUAUGGAGCUGCAAGUGUGUCACAUCAGUCGGAACUUUGAUUCACCGUCGGAAGCCAUCGCUGAAAAAGCCAGCGACGCCAUGCUGAUCGUGUCGUUCUUUUUCCAGAUUACGAAUGCUGACAAUCCUUACUUGGAUCACAUAGUAACAAAUUUAUGGCGAAUUGCUCAGCCUGGCACCAAGUCCCACAUUCCACCCUUCCCUCUGGAGUGGAUUCUCUCACCUUUCGAAAAGCAUUACUAUAUGUACAGUGGCUCUCUUACUCAACCUCCCUGCAGUGAAAUCGUCACUUGGAUCGUACAACCCGAGCCGAUCGCUAUAUCUUCGUUCCAAGUUGCGCAAUUUCGAAAACUCCGCUCCGUGGACGGUCCUAUCCUCUUAAACUGCAGGCCCGUUCAACGAUUAAACGAACGCAACGUGUACUUCUACGAAUAGCGCCCGGCCUCAAGCAACUUCCCUUUAAAUGCCGUAAACACGUUUGUCCUAUCGAAUAGAAAUUAAUCGUCCGACUAUACGCGUGCUUUGUGUACAUACGUCGUCACGUCCGUCGAUCCUGAAAUCUCGUGAAACCACGGUAACGCGCGACGCUGUUGGAAAUGUAAAAGUAAGUGUAAAAAUCAGUGUCAUUGUACAGAGAGCAGUGAUUUUUAUUGUUUCUCUACUAUAUCAUUUACGAAUGCGCGAAAAAACGUCCAAUAAACGUCAUAAGAAAAUAAACGUGUAACAAAGUUAGAUUCGCUUAUCGCAAGGUACACUUUACUUGGCACGUGUUAUUGUAAUAGAUUCUUUUAUCAUCCCUCAAGGUUACCCACGAACAUAAAAACACCGUCUCGGUGGCGUUAUACAGACUAUCGUAGAGGGGAUGCAUAUCUCCGUUUCCCAUUACGAAACGUGCACCCCGUUUUCUCGUAAGCGAUUGGUAGGCAACUAUGAAUUUCUACCACACACAUAUACAUAAUAACUGCGUACAUUCACUCUUCGACGGAUAUUUUUCUCCAGUAAAAAAUCACAAGGUCGUUUCGAACAUAUGCGCGUGCCAAUGUAUAUAAAUCGCGAGGGUGACACGGCGGAGUCUGCGUAAAAUCGUCAACGAACGUUUCAUUGACAAUUUUUUACCGAUAAUGUUUAUCCUAUAUUGACUUUGAAGGACCUUACGGGUUGUCAACGUAUAUGUACAUACAUCGACACUAAUUUUUCGGCAUUGUUCAUUCAUCGACACGAAUUUUGAUCUAUAAUACAAUUUCAUGACGUCAAAUUUGUCACAUGAACGGACGAUUAAGCCGAUUGAUAGUAUUAUAAUGCCAAAUAGAUUCAAUUUACAAACAAAUUUUUGUCGGAAACAUAUUAUCGAUGAAAGUACGUGUCGAUGACAAUUGCUGUCUGAGUACUUAUAAAUUGAUGACGCAUAAGUUUGUCAGACGUUGUUAUGAAAUUCGUUGUAAAUAUUGUCGACGUAACAUUAGUUAAUGAUUUUAACAAUAGAGCAGACCCAACGCGGAAAAUGAGUUCGUGUCGCGUGUCGAACGAGAUUCGGGGAAAGUGAAAAUAUUUUCUUCAGUUUCAUUGCGCGAUCGCUUCGUUCGCACAACGCGUCCUCAUCGUCGGUUGCGUGUAUUUACAAAUCAUUUUACAACGAGAGUAACUUUAACAUUGGUAUUCCACGGUGUCAUUAACGUUGCAUCAUAUUUUGGUUUACCACAAAGGAAACUAAUUGUAUUCUCUGUUUUGAUUAAUCUAUCGAUGUUCAAAUAACAGUAUCAACAAAUUUUGUUUACGAAAUUUACGUUACCUCGUGUAUUAUGUUUGUUGUUUACGCUAUCAUUCGCAAAUAUUUGAACGUAGUAAAUCCAGGCAAAUAUAAUUUUAAAUUCAUCAUUGAUUUUAUUUUUAUAAUUGAUUCAUAAUCAUAAUUGAGCUGCACAAAUCGAUUAACUCCAUUUUUUGAAAAAUCGUAUU